AUGUGUGCAAAGAUUGGUUACAGAGAACCUAAAUCACCAAAAACCACAGCCUCUUGCGAGCACAGAGAACCUAAAAGUCCCCUAACGAAACCUUCGCUGCCAAACGCAGAAGCCCUCGCCGCGCCACCGCCACACCAUCAUCGCUCCCUUGUCGCUCCAUCGCCGCCGCCAACGAAGGCGAGAUCAUGCCUGAGUCGCGCCUCCCACAGUGUCGCCAAGCCCCAAAUCGAAUCGCUAGAGCCGCUGCUGCCACCUCCACGAACAGGGACCGUCACGCCGCGGAGACGAAGUCGGGUCGGCCGCCCCUCCCUACGCGAAACCGCGUCCGAACCUGAAAAGAAAGAAGGGAAGAAGAGAACCCAAAGACAAACCCAAAAUGGAAAAGAAGAAGAAGAAGAACGACCCAUGCGCCACCGCGAGCCAUCACGAACGUCGUCUGGUCGCGCCAUCUCCACACUUUUGUCUCCUCCACCCCGAGUCUACUGCCCUUGCACGAGCUAA